CGCAGCAGCAGCAUCAUAAAGCCGAGCAGCAUCUCGCAGCACUGCGCAGCAUCACCGGCGACACCAAAAAACCAACACUCCGCCCUGCCAAGCCACAACGCAUCAUGAAUUCAAAUUCUUACAAAUUCAAAUUAUGAACGCUCAAGGUCUCGAGAAUUAGUUAAAAGAUUCGUCGACUGCUGUCCUGUCAUUUGGUACUUGUUUGUUUUUUUUUCUCUUCUGGACCUCCAAAGACGCGCCCCAAAGAGCUCAAAAUGGCCGAGAUCACUGAAAUACGAGCAGCGUACGAUAUGUCCCCAGUACUUGCGGGCUUCAUCGGCGCCGGCGUAUUGGUGGUUGCAGUGGUGGCUUUAAUCUUUGUGUGGACAUGCUGCCAAAAACGUUACCACAGGAUGAGCCACAAGCUGCAUGGUGUCCAUACAGAGUGUAGUGACCCAUUAACAGACCCACCUUACAAAUUCAUCCACAUGCUGAAGGGCAUGAGCAUCUACCCAGAGGCACUGACCAGCAGCAAGAGAAUUGUGCGACUUGUGCAUCGAGCUGGUGGCAUUAACAGUGAUGUCGAGCGAGAGGGCAAGGGGUGUCCUAUUGUGCUAGUGGAUGUGGGUGCAGAGAAGAGUCCAACAGUGACACCUCAGUUUGAGGUAGGUGGUUUAGAUGAGAGUGCUCACUCGGCUCCACGACUUGAGAGGGAGCUUCCUGUUCGCGCAGACUACUGCUGCCUGGAGAACAGCUCAAGCAGUGGCAGUCAAAGCUCAAGCACCACAGCAUCUAGCAGCGCCACACCCUUUACAGAUGAGGCAGAUCGUGGAACCCUUAGCCUCGCCAUCGACUACAAUUUCCCCAAGAAGGCACUGGUGGUGACUGUACUGGAGGCGCGAGGGUUACGAGCUGUGGAUAGCCAAGCUGGCAGUGCUGACCCUUACAUCAAGAUGACCAUCUUGCCGGAAAAGAAGCACAGAGUGAAGACCCGGGUCCUGCGCAAGACACUUGAGCCUGCUUUUGACGAGACGUUCACAUUUUAUGGCGUGCCAUACAGCUCGCUGUCGGAGCUCACGCUGCACUUCCUCGUGCUGAGUUUUGACCGCUUUGCUCGUGAUGAUGUGAUUGGCGAGACGUUGGUGCCUCUGGCUGGCAUUGAGCUUAGCACAGGCAAAGUGCAAAUCACACAGCCGAUUAGCAAAAGAAGCAUGCAGUGUGUGAGCCGCGGCGAGCUGCUGGUGUCUCUUUCGUAUCAGCCUGUCUCUCAUAGACUAAGUGUGGUGGUCCUGAAAGCUAGACACCUUCCCAAACUGGACAUCACUGGCCUGGCUGGAAACCCAUAUGUGAAAGUGAACGUGUUCUACAACCGUAAGCGUAUUGCCAAGAAGAAAACUCAUGUGAAGAAGUGCACGCUGAAUCCUGUUUUCAAUGAGUCCUUCAUCUAUGACGUACCCGCUGAUCUGCUGCCCGACAUCUCUAUCGAAUUUCUGGUUAUGGACUUUGACCGCACUACUAAGAACCAGGCUGUGGGGCGUCUGGUGCUGGGAACACACAGUCCCUGCCCCUCUGGUGCCACCCACUGGCAGGAGGUCUGCCAAAACCCACGCCGACAAAUCUCCAAGUGGCACAGCCUUGUAGAAUAUUGAGGUUUCUCCUGUCUGUUCUCAACACACAUAAAUAAAUACACACAGCCACACACGCACAUUACAGAUAUGCACACAAAUACAGUAAACAAUAACGAUAUACACAAAGAUAUGAGGGAGACCCUAAGAAAUACCUCUUACCUUAUUUGUCUUUAAAAAAAAUGGAAGACAAUGAAUUAGAACACUUCACACGGACUUAAAAAAACAUGAUGAACUUUUGCAACAGCUAUGUAGUGAUUAGUUCUCAAAUAAUCCUUUAUAAACAGUGCUGUUCUAGCCAUCAGUGACCCAUACACACACUUGUACAUACACGUACACAAAUACACUGACCAAUAGUAACUUAAGAGACCAAAAUAUUGUUAUGUACACAAUUUUGAGACUGUUACAAGUACGCUCUUCUGAACUUAGCAUUGAUUGUAUGUAUGUUUAAAUUAAGGUGUAAUGUCUGUCUCCACAGACCUCACUACACUGCUGUAGUUCACUGUACCGCAUGUCUGAAUAAUACCAGAUUUACUGUAACAAUUCAAGAAACCAAGCAAACAGCUGUCAGUGCUGACAAGUGACAAGAUAAAAGUAAAUAAUGGCAUGAAUUACAGUAAGAUGUAGAAUGACUUUUCAAGUGACAUGCCAAACUUCUUAAUAUGAGUGUCAGGUAAAAAUAAAUAAAUCAUGCUGACCUUAGCAUGUGAGUUAUUCUGGUGAUCAGAAUGAAGCCUCCCAUUAUACAGUGGAUAUAAAUUUGCCCACUUCUGUUAAAAUGGCAGGAUUUUGUGAUGUAAAAUUAUUGAACCGGUAAGACUGGUAGCGGUGCUCCAUUUUUUCUAUUUGUUGAUGAUAUCCUUUAUGUUCCAUGGUAUCUAAUGAUUGAGAAAUUCUUUUAUAUUCCUCUCAUCAUCCAUACCAUUAAACAAGUGAGAUAUGCUUUGAAAGCUCUUUUUGGACCAUGGGUUUAGCAGUCAGAUGAAUCCUCCAGAAACAGCUCGUUAGUUUGGCUUAUAUUAAUUAGAAUAAUUGCACUAAUGACAGAUGUGUGAUAAUUACUUUGGAACAUAUGGUUUAUAAAAUGGUGUUCACCCAGCCAGAGUAUUGUAACUGUUUUUGUAACUGUAUUUUUACAAUUUUAGCCUAAAGUGUCACUGAUUGUUUUUUACAUUGAGGGUGCAAGAAGUUCUUGUGUGUUUUUAUCUUGGUUUAAUUUUUUGUUCACAUCAGAAAACCCUGCGAUUUUAACAUACGUGCACAGACUUUUUAUAUCCAUUGUAUACAACUCUGGAUGCUCAUCUGUUCAACUUAUUCUUUCAAAAAAGGUUGACUAAUUUGGGCAAACAUGUGUUGCUUUGCGACAGCAAUAAAGACUGCUGUUCUUACAGUUUGAAGAUAA